UUAAGAAGCUCAUUGAGGGGUACACGAGUAUAUGACGAGUCGGCGUUCUGGGCCCGCCAACUUUGGCAGUGAUGGUGUUUCUUGUUUGAGUCGCGGGUAGACUCUGGCUGUUUGUAUAACACUUGUACAAUAUCGAGAUGAGGGAAUAAAGUACUGCGGACAUCGUCAUUUGUAGCAUGUAGGCCUUCGUCAUAGUGGGAGGCAGUGCAAGAGAGGCGCUACUGUCUGAAGCAAUGGAUUGGCUCACACAUGCUGCAGCCAGCUCCUGGAUUUUGUCGCACGAUUUAACCGGCUCUGUUUGUUUUUCUCUUCUACAACACUAACACCCAGCUCGAGCGACACUCGUUUGCCCUCUCCCGUCGAUACAAUCUCUCAGCAUUGUUACCCAAUAUAUUCUUGUGUUCAACGAACCUCCACGGAAGAGUUAUGCGAUAACUAUCGGAAGCCAGAGGCAUCUGUCUGCUGGAACAGCACUGUCAUGAAUGAAGCCACGCUCCUGGACGAGGCUAUGCUAGCCUGGUUCCCUCCGGCCGGCACCACAGAUUCGCCCAUCAUGAAAACCUUCACGGAAACUGAUCUGAGAGACAUAUCUGACUUACUAUGCCGGAGUGGAAGGCUUCAAUGGAGCCGUAUACCGCGAAUAUAUACGAUACUACGGCUCAUUAAUGAGGUGGAAGCCAUCGAUGCGUUUCUCGACUCUGGAAUCACCGACUUGUCAUUACCUUUCACACAAAAAACACCGCCAGGGCAACUCAGCGACCAGUCCUCAAGAAUACGGUUUCUCGACGUUCAGUCCGGGGUUUUGACCAAAGCGCUGGACCUAGAGCAAGAGGGUAGCAGACACCGCCAUUUUUCCGACCCUGAUGAUGUUCCGUUUAAGAAGAUCGCUGAACUUGGAAAAGGAGGCUAUGGCUAUGUUGACAAGGUUCUUAGUACAGUCAGCUACCGGGAAUAUGCUCGCAAGCUCAUUCCUAGGGGUCGUACAUUCCGUCAAGACCGGGUUGUAUUACGCGAUUUUGAGAAUGAGUUGCAAGCGUUGAAACGGCUUUCACACCGUCAUAUUGUAAGGUUAAAUGGAAGCUACACUGAUCCACAAUACGUGGGCAUAAUCAUGACUCCUGUCGCCGACUGUAACCUCAAGACUAUCAUGACUACUCAUCCUUUAACGCCUGAAACACAUUCGCGCGUCAGAACCUUUUAUGGCUGUCUUGCUUCCGCCUUGCGCUACCUACACGAGAAUAGGCUGAGACACAAAGACAUCAAACCCGAGAACGUAUUAGUAAAGUCUCAUGAAGUAUACCUUACUGACUUUGGAACUACUCUCGACUGGUCCGACGUCGGCCAUAGCACUACGACUGGUCUUGCCGCAAAGGGUACUCUACGCUAUUGUGCCCCAGAGGUAGCCCAAAACCUGCCUCGGAAAUCGUCUGCAGAUAUCUGGUCUUUGGGGUGUGUUUUCUUAGAGAUGUGGACGACGCUUUGUGGUUACUCGACAUCAGAACUCGAUUCCUACAUGCAGCUCAAUGGCUCUAAAUCAAGAUUAUACCACGCCAAUAUCUCCGGCGUGACAAGCUGGUGCUAUAUGUUGUCAUCUGGAUCCAGCGACGACGCCCGUGUACCAGGUCCAUGGGUUAGAUCAAUGUUAGAAGUCGACGCCUCUACCCGCUGUAGUAUCUAGUCGCUCGCAGAAGACAUUCACGCGCUGAAUUUCGAAUAUGAUACGGCAGUCAGCUUUUCUGGGCUUUGUUGUAGUGACGGAGAUGAUGCCGCUGAAAGCGUGCAUUGCUCAGAUGACGAGACAGGUUCUCAGGAUGCCAUCGAGCGCCGGGUAUCUCUGGAACAAUCCUCCACAAAUGAGCUUUCGAGUUCUGGUCCUACAAGCUUUCUUUCGUCGGCUGAAGAGACUAAUCAAAGUCUCGAUCAUAAACGGCUUAAAACCGGCCAAUUAAGAACACCAUCAGAGACUGCUCUCCCA